CAGUAUAGGCGGGCUGGAUUGCUGUGAUCGAUACAUUACACGAUCGAGUUUCACUGCACGAUCGAUGCGCAGUAGUCGCUAUUUGCAACGUGCGCAUCGAUCGCGCAUCGAUCGCGCAUCGAUCGCGCAUAAUCCCCAAUUAGCCGAUCGAUCGUGCACUUUUGAAUCGAACGGCACGCCAUACGCCUACCAAGAGUAUCAUCUAGCGUUCGACUUGACAGUCGUUUUGCUGAAGGUCUAGAGUGAGUGGGAUGGGUGGAUGUAACGAGAAAAUGACGUACCACGAUUUCACAAGAACCGUGGCGAGACUGAAUGAAUGGCUUGCCAACAUUUGUGGUAGUGAUGGAAAGUACAUACGAUGUGACAUACUGCCUGGUUGUGAACAAUCAUUUCUAUGGAGGUACCGAAUACAAAUUUUAUGUGGCAAGGUUGUAUCUGCUAAUGAUCCUUUACAGACUCCUCAGCAGUUCAACUUCAAGCGGUUUCUCAAACUACAGGGUGCAGUGUAUCAAGAGAUGGCCAGACAUACGGUUGAAAGUCAGACCGGCCCGGAUCCUUUCAUCGAGCUUUGUAACGAUAGAUCUGAUGAAAGGAGAGGUUGGACGAUGGUCAAAACUGCAAAUGCUGAAGUUACCGAGGAAUCGGAAUCUAAUGUAUUGGUAGAUGCUGCAACUCCUCCUGCUGUUGCUGCUGUAAUCAAAACGGAAUCUCUACCAAAGGACAAUUGCUGCAUUUGCAAUGACAACGAAUGUAACACUGUAUUGCCUUGCGCUCACCGUUUCUGUAACGGUUGCAUCAAGCAAUGGAGUUGUACUAGCACCAACUGCCCUCUGUGUCGAGGCACGUUUACAGCCUCAACAGAAACGUAUCACCUGGUGAGAAAGUCUUCAGAUAUCGAGGUCACCUAUGGUGAUCUCAUUGCUGCCAUGGUUCAAUCGAUGCCAUCUACUUCGACCGACACUUUUCGUCACUCGAUUUCUCCACAUCCUUGAUGGAUGGCUGUGUGACAGAAUAGCAAUGUGUUAUAUGCUUGGAUGGUGUCACUGUGUGUGAUAACAUAUUAAAAUGUCCUUUAACUAUUGACUAGUUAGCUACGAGCGUAAAAGAAGGACACCACAUUAAGUGGUGGACUACUUCGCGAGAAGCUUACUCUAGAUGGGCUGAAUUGACUUCCGGUCUGUCUGUCGGUAUGUCGCUAUGUACUUAUGUUUGUUUGUAGUUUGUUUGUAAGCUUGUGUCACGCUCGGGGAGUUU